CUUCGGUGUGAUUCGCGAAGGUUUGCAUCGUUUUGCGCAGAGCUUCCUAAUCAUAUUUUUAAAUAUUAUGUGAUUGAGGAGAUAAGGCCUGAUUAUAUUUAUUUUAUACGUGUAUGAAACCGGUUACGAUAUUCGUGGCAUUUGUGUAUUUGUCGACAGUCUUCAAAUGAGUUAUGAAUAGUGUAAAUUUCGGCUUCAUAUAGGGUGGUUUAUAUCCGAGUAAAAACGCAUGUGCAUAACGUGAGUUUAUCCAUAAAACAUUUUGUUUUGUGUGGAAUAUACUCUUUUUAGAUGCGUUGAUAUAAACUAUUUGUGUAAUUUUGUGAUGUUGAAGUGAUAGUGCGACACAUAAUUGAUAAUUGAUACCAAUUGAAAAAAUGAGUGGAUUACAACUUAAACCUAUAGCAAAUUCCAACUUGUAUAAACGACGAGCCACUUCUAAGGAAAAUCUUCUCUAUGGCUCAUCCAUGUCAUCCACUGUAGAAAACCACCACACAAUCAACGCAAAUGUUCAUGCCAAUAUCUCAAACUCACAAUACGGAACUCAGCUUAGCACAAAUCAAGUGGGACAGCUGGGGGAGCGGCUUUAUCAAAAUACACUGGAUCCGAUAAGAAAUGCACACUAUUAUGAGAAUGGUACUGAAGGAGUUGCAAACACAAGUUCCAGUCAUCUAUAUCACCGAUACCCUGGUGACACUCAACUUAGAAAUAGUUCUAACAACAGUUCAAUUGGUGGUGACAUAAUUCGUGAUUUGAGCAGUUUGAAUUUCAAUUCCGAGAAGCAAUCCUUAUUGAAUAAUCAGUACCAAGCGGCAAUUAAUAGUGAACAGUAUUUGAGAUCAUCGAACGUGAAUAACGUAACGCCACCACGAAGAAUGGAGUUUAAGGAACAGUCUGGACGGUCUAAUGUGCAAGUAAUGGGAGUUUCGCCAAACAUGUCGCUGGGUACAAUGAUUUGUACCCGUUGUGACGAAGGUUUUGAACCUCACGAACGAAUCGUCAAUUCAAACGGCCAGCUGUGGCACACCCAAUGUUUUGUGUGCGCACAAUGCUUCCGUCAAUUCCAAGACGGAAUUUUCUACGAGUUUGAAGGACGCAAGUACUGCGAGAAGGACUUCCAUAUUCUGUUUGCGCCAUGCUGCAACAAGUGCAACGACUUUGUCAUCGGACGGGUGAUCAAGGCUAUGGCGGCCAAUUGGCAUCCCGACUGCUUCACGUGCGAACAGUGCCAUAUUCCACUGGCGGAUUCGGGUUUCAUUCGCAACCAAAACCGGGCGCUCUGUCACGAUUGCAAUCAGAAGGAGAAAGCCGAUGGGCUGGGCAAGCACAUGUGCAACAAAUGUCAUGGCGUCAUCGAUGACGCUCCGUUGCGGUUCCGAGGAGAGGUGUAUCAUGGUUAUCACUUUAACUGCACGGCCUGCGGGGCUGAGCUGGAUUCAUCUGCCCGGGAGGUUAAAAAUCGUACUGGAUAUGCCGCGAACGACAUGAAUGAGUUGUAUUGUCUGCGUUGUCAUGACCGUAUGGGUAUCCCAAUCUGUGGAGCGUGCAGACGACCCAUCGAGGAACGUGUUGUCACUGCACUAGGCAAGCAUUGGCAUGUCGAGCAUUUUGUGUGUGCCAAAUGCGAGAAACCAUUUUUGGGACAUCGUCAUUACGAAAAGCGUGGUCUUGCCUAUUGUGAAACUCACUAUCAUCAGUUAUUCGGUAAUCUCUGCUUUGUUUGCAAUCAAGUUAUUGGCGGUGACGUAUUCACCGCAUUGAACAAGGCAUGGUGCGUGCAUCAUUUCUCAUGUUCAAUUUGCGACACCAAGAUGGAUCAAAAAUCUAAAUUUUACGAAUAUGACGAAAAGCCCGUUUGCAAAAAAUGCUACGAGAGGUUCCCGAACGAGCUUAGACGCCGAUUGCGUAUGGCACAUGAGAAUACACUGAAGAAGAACGUCGUCUGAAAUUUCUGAUUGACUGUCUUCCGAGAACUUGUUGAAAAAGAAACGCGAUCGAAACGGAAUUGUGGCCAAAUUAAAUGCUUUCUAAUCAUGCUAAACAAGCACAAAAAUAAAAAAAAAUAGAUGUUAUGAAAAGUGCCUUAACACUCGAAGAUUUUAAUAACGUAUUUACAUGUGUUCUUUAUUUAAGGCUAAUUAUUGAAUGAUUGUCAUACACUGUUAAUAUUUAAGGUAUCAUACAACUACCGUUUGCCAUUCGUUUGUUGUUUUUAAACCAUUAUAAUAUCUUUUACAUAUUUUACAUUUGAUUUUUAAGGAAGCAAAAUUUGAAAUUUCUACAAUUAAUCUUAAUUUAGGACCGGUUGAAUGAAAAAAGGCUAAUAAAACGACUUUUUAGCAACCUACUAACAUUUUCAAGCGCAAAAUUGAUAAUAAUGAAAAGUGCUUGUGACAUUUAUGUCACACAAGGAAAAGGAUACGACAUGCAACAAAUGAAUGGCAAAAUUUAUUUCAUGAUUUAUGUGUCCAUUGUUAGAAACGUAACAUAGCAAUUAUACGGUUGAAAAUAACCCCAAA